AUGCUUCCGUCAUCACGCAUCAUCCCCUCCAACGCCUCGCGCAUCGCAUCCAUUGUUCGCCAAGCUAUUUUUGCUCCCGCCCAUAACCGACGCUUCCACGUUUCCCGUCCAGCCAUGACUGUCCACGUUGUGAAGACCGCCGACGAGUUCCGUCAGGCCAUCGCAAACAACCAGGUCGUCAUUGUCGACUCGUACGCCGACUGGUGCCCGCCUUGCAAGGCCAUUGCUCCCGUCUUGGAAAAGCACUCCAACUCGGAUGAUUUCAAGGACAAGGUGCACUUUGUCAAGUUCGACGUCGACAAAAUUCCCGAAAUCUCCCAGGAACUCCGCGUCAGCUCCAUUCCCGCCUUCUUCUUUUUCAAGGACGGCAAGCAGGUCGACAACUUUGUCGGCGCCAACCCCGCGGAGCUCCAGCGCCUGCUCAAGACGCACUCUGCCUAG